AUGGAAAUAUUGAACCCAAAUCAGACGUUAGGCUUCUCUCACUCAGAAUUUGUUCUUCUUGGUUUUCCCGGGAUCGCUAAAACAAGGCAAAUCCUGGUUAUUCCCUUUCUUUCCAUUUAUGUGGUGAUCCUCACCGGUAACUCUCUUAUCAUACACAGGAUCUGGGUGGAAAAGUCCCUCCAUUCUCCCAUGUAUUUCCUCAUUGCCCUCCUGUUUGCUGUUAACAUCUCAAACACAACUGCCAUCUUGCCGAAAUUUCUCCUAGAGUUAGCGUUCCAGUGGAACCGGAUUUCGUUGCUCGGCUGUCUGCUGCAGAUGUUUACAAUGUAUUUCUUUGCUGUAUUUGAAUCGGGAGUCAUUUUACUCAUGGCUCUCGACAGGUAUUUAGCAAUUUCCAGGCCUCUCCGCUAUCAUGAUAUCAUGACCAAUGACUUCCUGGGCAGGUUGAUUUUGGUCGGGACAGUGCGGAGCACGAUCCUGGUGACACCAUUGGUCAUUUUAGCUUCCAGAGUCCAUUUCUGUGAAUCGAACAUUAUCUUGAAUUUUGCGUGUGAGAAUAUGGGACUCAUGAACCUGGCAUGUGGUGAUAUUUCUGUGCCACAAGUCGUAGGGAUGGUGGUGAGGGUCUUUGUGACGGUGGGAGAUGUCAUUUUCGUCCUGGUAUCUUAUAUAAACAUUUUGUACGCUGCCAUGAAAAUUGUUGUUGGUAAAGCCCGGCACAAAGCCCUCCACACCUGUAGUACCCAUCUGUCAGUGGUUGUGUUGAUCUAUACUAGUGCCCUUUCAUCUUCCAUUGUGUACAGAGCAUCACAAUCUAUUUCAUAUGAUGUACAAAACUUGUUUAGUGCAGUAUACCUUGUGAUACCAGCCACAUUAAACCCAUUUAUCUAUGGGCUACGGGUUAAAGAGAUUAGAGAGUGUCUCGUAAAAACUUGGAGUAAUAGAAAGACGCUCUUAUCAUCUUCAAUACAUUCGCGCAUUAACAGAACUUUUUCUGUUCAACUAACUUACAAUAAGGAUGGUAAUUAA